GUACACAGAACAUAUUUUUUUCUUUAAUGGUGCUCCCCAAUCCCGGCUCCUUUUCUCCCUGGAUCAGUCUAGAAGAUCAGUCUGCUAGAGCAGACUUUCCAAAAAAGCAAAAACAACCGGAAAUUGAGCAUAGAGUUUGUGAUAUUGCGUAGAGCGCCGCUAUGUCUGGGUUUUCCACUUCCGGUUUGUGGUUAUUCUACAAACGACGGGGGUAGGAAGACACCGCUGGAGAGGGGAGCUUCCAGUUUUCUGGAAUGGCUUCCUUUGGAUGGAAGAGAAAGAUUGGUGAGAAGGUAUCUAAGGUAACAUCCCAGCAAUUCGAAGCUCAAGCUGCUGAUGAGCAGGUCCUGGUUGAUAAUAGUGAAGUUGAUUGGCUUCAUGAAGCGAAAAGGAAAAAGGGGCUUCUUUUGGGAGACUGUGUAGCCCAAAGUAAACAUCUGAAGGACGAAGGUGCAAUUUUAGCUGAAAAUGGAAGGUACCAGGAAGCUCUUCAGAAAUGGGACGAAGCACUUCAGUUAACCCCUGAAGAUGCCACUCUGUAUGAGAUGAAAUCACAGGUUCUGAUGUCUCUGCAUGAAAUGUUUCCUGCAGUGCAGGCAGCAGAAAUGGCUGUCCAGAGAGAUCCUCAUUCCUGGGAAGCAUGGCAAACGCUGGGGCGAGCCCAGCUUGGAUUAGGAGAAAUCACACUGGCUAUUCGAAGUUUCCAGAUUGCCUUGCACAUCUAUCCACUCAACUCUGAAUUGUGGAACGAAGAUCUUUCCUGGGCAAAAAAACUACAACAGCAGAAAAAAGCAACCAAAACUGAGGCGGGGACACAGGGGGCUGAGGCAAAAACUAUGGAGGAGCCAAUCCCAGAUUAUGAUUUUGAAAGCGAUGAGAUCUUGGCUGUGUGUGCUGCCAUUGCAGAAAAAGAAAAAAACACUUCGACCUCUAAAAGUGUAGUGAUUGUAUCAGCUUCGGGGACCGUUGAGACUGUAACCGAACAAGAGGAGUGUGCAACGGUCCCCGAUGGUGCUAUGUUUAUCAAAGCACGAUAAUCCACACAGUCCCUUCCUGUAACAGCCAUAAAUUUGAGGAGUGGCUGUUGCUGUUGUUGUCUUACUUGCUUUCCCUUCUGUUGGAGCCCUAUCUGAGCAGAGGAGAUCCCCAUUCCAUCAAAUUAAACUUCCGGAGGCACAGGGGCAAUGGGUCCUGUAGGACCAGAGGAGGCAGAAUUUGGAAAACCAAACAUCAGUAAUGUCAUUGCUGUUGUCUGUUCCCAGAUUGAAUGCUACUUUGAACGUCACCUUUGCAAUUUGGUGCCUUCCUAAUGCAACAGACUACAAAUCCCACAAUCCACAGAUAGCAUGGUUCAUGGGGAUGGUAGCUGAGGUUCAUGGAAGAUGAUGUACAAUCCUCCCAAAAGGCAUCACCAUUAUAGAAAUCUGGUGAGUGGUCCGGUGGCCUAGAGGUGGAACUCUUGCCUCCCAAUCAGGAGCUACCUAGGAUCGAACAGUGAGUUCGAUCCUAGGUAGAGGCAGAUAUUUCUCUCUCUGGGCACACUGAGAAUAUAUCUGCUGAAUAAAACUCCCGCAUUGGCGACAGGAAGGGCAUCUGGCCAGUAAACACUCAGCUUCAUUCAGUUGCCCAGACUCCACCCUGCAAGGGAUUAUGGAGCCAUUAAAAGAGGAUGAUGAUUGUAGAAACCUGGUGUUCAAUAUAGAAAGAAAACAGAAUAGUGCGUGUCUGCCAAUAGGGGCUUUGAAAUAGGAACUGGAAGUGUUGGGUCUGUAUAUGUUUAUACUGCCAAAAAUUAGAAAAGCGGAAUGGCUUUGUAAGCUUGCUAGCAAUUCACUAACAUCUGUUCUUGCUGUCAUAACGCAAAGCAGGGGAUGAGGCAAAAUCUUCACAUGCUUGUACAGUUGUGGUACGGAAUGUGCGGAACAUGUUUCAGACUGUAGUCUUUUGAGUCAAGGUCAUUCCGUUAUCUUAAUAUAGUGGCUCUCAGAUGUAGUUCUCAGAUGCUGCUUUGAAUGCGAAAUACUCUCCUUGUUUUUUUUUCCAAAUCCAGUUUUAAAAGACUGUGUAUUCAUGCACUCGGAACAAAAUACAUCUUUGUUUAUGCUUCCCACGAUCGACUUUUAAAAAGGGAUUAUUUUCAUGAAAUUUAAGGUUCAGGUAUUCCUUGUUUGGUGAUGAUAAUUGGGAUCAGGAACUUCAUCACUAAGCUACACAGCCCAUAGAGUGUGAUAUCGUGUAACCACACCAAUUUCCGAUGGCAGGUUCGGCUGUCCAAUUGCUGCUGUCAGGUGCAGUUGUAGCGUAAUGUGUCAUGUGAUCACCGUUUGUGACCUUCUGCCAGCUUUUUCAUAGACUUCCACCAGGUAAGUUCAUAAAUGGUGAUCAUGUGACCUAGGCAUGGUGUGACGUCAUAAUGGCAAACUAAUUGGUCACCAGCUGCCUAAAUUGCAAUUACAUGACCCGGGGGACGGGGGCGCUGCAACAGACACAACUACUAGGACCCCUUGUAAGUCCCCCCUCAUUCAGCACUGUCAUAAUCGCAAACAGUCACUGAACAAAUAGCUAUUAAAUGAAGUAUAUCUGUAUAUUGUUGAGAAAAUCUGUGGGCAAUUGCAUUUCAACGGCUUAAUCCCACUGCUUCAAAACAAUUUUUUUUAAAAAAGCCCAGACUGAUUUUAAUCUUUAAUCAAAGAAAUAAAGAUGAACUUCAGUGGAAGCAAUUUCUAACAGCAAUUUAAAAUAAUAUAACUGAAAUUGUGUAUAUUUAAACGCAUCUAUUGCAGGAUAACGUUGCAAUCAGACUUUAGAAACUCUUUAAAGGAUUAUUUCAGUCGUAAAAUAAAACAUAACAUGCUGUAAAGAAACAGGCACAGACCUUUUAGUAUUUUGCCCUUGCGAUGGAUAUUCAACCUAAAAUCCUGUAGAUGGGCAGUAUAAAAAUGCUGUAGAUAAAUUAAUAUGUCUAAGCCAUCACUCAAGAUGAGAGAAAUGCAAAGGGGUUAAAAAAAACCCACAAAAACAUUCUUUUUAGGGACAGUUUGUUCUGCUUCUUUAGAGUCUUAUUUAAUGUUUGAUGUCUUUCUGGAAUAUUCAGUGGGGAGAAAAGUAUGAGUAUAAUUAUGCUUCUUAGGGUAAAUCUGGCAAUUCCUGUCUAGUUCUUACAGAUAAGUUCUAUGCAUAGCAUUUCCUAGGUUUAAUCCAGAAGCUUUGUUGGUGGUCUCAAUAAAUUUCUUAAAGCAGAGGCAGUAUUAGACCAGCAGGAACAAUUGGUACAUUGUAAUCAUUUGAAGCACUGUUUGAAGGGAGUGAGUUUUUCUGUUUUACUUUUAUCCUCAUCCAGGUUCAUAUGAAAAGCUUUGCAUAAAUGUAAUUUUCAUAAAUUUCCACACAAAUCAAAAGUUGGACAUAAAUCGUUUAAACCUUUGUCAUGCAAGAAA